CAGCAGCUCACCGGCAGGAUUGCUGCUCUCAGUCGUUUCUUAUCAAAGAUAGCUGAUCGAGCGGCUCCUUUCUUUCAGACCAUUAAGAAGAGUAGAGGGUUCGUUUGGACCGAGGAAUGUCAACGGUCUUUUGAGGGGUUAAAAGCAUAUCUCCUCUCCCCAUUAGUGCUUUCGAAGCCAGAGCCCGGAGAGACCUUAUUCCUAUACUUAGGAAUCUCUCCUCGGGCUGUGAGCUCGGUGGUUGUGAGGGAGGAGGAGGGCGCACAGCGACCUGUGUACUAUGUGGCCCGAGUGCUGCGAGGGGCGGAGUUGAGAUAUACCAACAUGGAGAAGACCAUCUUUGCGGUAGUGUGUACAGUGAAAAAGCUCACCCCAUAUUUUCAAGCCCAUCCGGUCCAUGUGUUAUCACAAAUUCCCAUCGGAACACUUCUUCGAAGCCCAAAUGCCCCGUCACGGGUCAGCAAGUGGGGAGUGUUCCUGGGAUCCUUUCAAAUAGAGUUCAAGCCGCGACCGGCGAUAAAGGGGCAAGCAUUAGCAGAUUUCGUGGUAGAAUGCACUGCGAGGGAGGUAGAAUCUAGUGGAGAAGAACCCGAAGGGAAUUGGUGGACCGUGUACACCGAUGGGUCAUCCGCGACUGAUGCUUCGGGGGGAGGUGUCGUGGCGAUAUCUCCGGAAGGGUUCAAGGCAUACUACUCCGUGAGGUUCCGGUUUAAAGUCUCAAACAAUGAGGCUGAGUAUGAGGCACUGCUUUGCGGCUUAAGGUUGGUAGCCUCAAUAAGAGCUGAGCGAAUCCAAGUCCGAGACACUGCCCUGGAGUUGCUUAAAGCAUUCGGGGCGUACCGGAUAGAGCAGGUCCCUCGGAAAGAGAACGCUGAGGCAGAUAUCUUGUCAAAGCUUGGUCCGGAUUCCCCGGAUCAUAUUAAGGCAAUGACCCAGGAAGAAGAGCUGCUCAAGCCAAGCAUCAGUCCCGGACAAGUGUUGAUCAUCACACUCAGAGAGGAGCCUGAUUGGAUUGAUGAGAUUACCAUGUACAUCCUUGACGGGUCGUUACCCAUCGACCCAAUCGCGGCAAAGGUGGUGAGGCGACGUGCACCCAGCUACACGCUGGAGUGCGGUCGGCUGUAUAAACGAUCGUACAAUGGUACAUUGUUGAGGUGCUUAAGAGCGGGCGAGGCACAGAAGUUAAUGGAGGAAAUCCAUGAGG